GUUAUUGAAUUUGGGGGUUUUUGACUCUGUUAAGGAGGAAGAAGAAGAGCUAGUUUUGCAAGAAUGAGGAAGAAGGUUGAUGAACGUAUCAGGACUCUGAUUGAAAACGGUGUCAAAUUGAGACACCGUUCCAUGUUUGUAAUCAUUGGUGACAAGUCUCGUGACCAGAUAGUGAACCUCCAUCAUAUGUUGUCCAAGGCAGUGAUUAAAUGUAAUCCGAGUGUCUUGUGGUGCUACAAGGACAAACUUGACAUUAGCAGUCAUAAGCACAAACGUUCGAAGCAGCUCAAGAGAUUGAGGGAGAGAGGACAGUUGGAUCCAGACAAACUUGACGCUUUCUCGCGUUUGCUUGAUGUCGGAAGAGUCACUCAUUGCUUGUACAAAGAUUCUGAACGAAUUCUUGGAAAUACUUUUGGCAUGUGCAUCUUACAGGAUUUUGAAGCUUUAACUCCAAAUCUACUAGCAAGAACAAUAGAGACUGUGGAAGGUGGUGGUUUGGUUGUAUUAAUAUUACGAUCACUUACUUCGCUUACUAGUCUAUGCACUAUGGUUAUGGAUGUCCAUGACAGAUUCCGAACUGAAUCGCAUUCUGAGGCUGCUGGCCGUUUCAAUGAGCGUUUUCUGCUAUCACUUGCAUCGUGCAAAGCAUGUGUUGUCAUGGAUGAUGAGUUGAAUAUAUUGCCGCUUUCCUCACAUAUCAAAUCUAUUACUCAAGUUCCAACAGAAAAGGAUUCCGAGGGGCUCUCUGAGGCAGAGCGGGAUCUGAAGAGUUUGAAAGAAGAACUAAGUGAUGAUUUUCCUGUUGGUCCGUUAAUCAAGAAAUGCUGUACAUUGGAUCAGGGCAAAGCUGUAGUAACAUUUUUCGAUGCAAUUUUGGAUAAGGCUCUCCGCAGCAUAGUUGCUUUGAUUGCAAGUCGAGGGCGUGGAAAAUCUGCUGCACUUGGUUUAGCUGUUGCCGGGGCUGUUGCUGCUGGGUACUCAAAUAUCUAUAUAACUGCACCAAGCCCGGAUAACUUGAAGACAUUCUUCGAGUUUGUUUGCAAAGGCUUUGAUGCACUUGAAUAUAAGGAGCACCUUGAUUAUGAUGUUGUGAAAAGUGCGAAUCCUGACUUCAAAAAAGCUAUUGUACGGAUAAAUAUCUUCAAGCAGCAUAGACAAACUAUCCAGUAUAUACAACCACACGAGCAUGAGAAGCUCUCACAAGUAGAGCUCUUGGUUAUUGAUGAAGCGGCAGCUAUUCCUUUACCAGUUGUGAAGUCUUUGCUUGGUCCUUAUCUAGUUUUCCUAUCGUCAACUGUCAGUGGCUAUGAAGGCACUGGGAGAUCUUUGUCUCUGAAACUCCUCCAACAAUUAGAUGAGCAAAGCCGGGCUCCUGCUACUGGUCUUGAAGGCUCGGGUUGUCUUUUCAAGAAGAUAGAACUUAAUGAGUCUAUUAGAUACGGUUCUGGAGAUCCAAUAGAAUCCUGGCUUAAUGGCCUACUUUGCCUUGAUGUUGCUACUAGUCUGCCUAAUCCUGCGUGCCAUCCUUCGCCAAGUCAGUGUGAUCUCUAUUAUGUCAACCGAGACACACUCUUUUCUUAUCACAAAGAUAGUGAAUUGUUUCUACAGAGAAUGAUGGCUCUCUGUGUCUCGUCUCACUACAAGAAUUCUCCUAAUGAUCUUCAACUGCUGGCUGAUGCUCCUGCUCAUCAUUUGUUUGUGUUACUUGGUCCUGUUGAUGAGUCCCAAAACAAGAUUCCUGAUAUACUCUGUGUUAUCCAGGUCUGUCUCGAAGGAAAGAUAUCUGAGAACUCAGCCCUUCAAAGUUUAAGGGAUGGCCAUUCACCAUAUGGAGACCAAAUUCCAUGGAAAUUCUGUGAACAAUUCCGGGACACUGAAUUUCCAGGUUUCUCUGGUGCUCGGAUAGUUCGCAUAGCAGUCCACCCUAACGCCAUGAAGAUGGGAUAUGGUUCUGCUGCAGUUGAACUCUUGACCAGAUAUUUCGAGGGUCAGAUAGCUCCAAUCUCAGAAGCUGAUGAUAAAGUUGAUGUGGAGCAUGCACCCAUUAAAGUAACUGAGGCUGCUGAGAAGGUCUCCAUGCUCGAGGAGCAAGUAAAGCCUCGCACAAAUCUUCCACCUUUAUUGGUUCCACUCCAUGAUCGACGACCUGAGAAGCUCCACUACAUUGGUGUUUCCUUUGGGCUUACUUUGGACCUCUUCCGAUUUUGGAGAAAACAUAAUUUUGCGCCAUUCUACGUUAGCCAAAUCCCAAGUGCUGUUACUGGUGAACACACAUGUAUGCUUCUAAAACCUUUGAAAAAUGAUGAACUAGAAGUCAACGAGUCCGAUGAGUUGGGCUUCUUUACUCCCUUCUAUAAAGAUUUCAAGAUAAGGUUCUCUAAGCUGUUGAGUGAUAAAUUCAAGAAGAUGGACUAUAAACUUGCAAUGAGUGUUUUAAACCCCAAGAUCAACUUCCCCGAGGUUGAUUCUUCAGGGAAUUCAUCAGACGGAUUUUUGAAGGCACUCGACGGCAUAUUAUCUCCAUAUGAUAUGGAGAGGCUCAGAGCAUAUACUAAAAAUCUGACUGACUUCAAUCUGGUUUAUGACAUCUGCAAAACACUGGCACAUCAGUAUUUUGAAGAGAAGCUCCCCGUAUCACUGUCAUAUGUUCAGGCAUCUAUAUUGCUAUGCUUGGGGUUGCAGGAGACGGAUUUCUCUAGCAUCGAGAGACAAAUGCAGUUGGAGAGGGGACAAAUACAUUCUCUGAUCCUGAAGGUCGCAAGGGAGUUGUACAAAUAUCUCAAUGGAGUUGCAGGAAAGGAGAUCGAAUCAGCCCUCCCUCGUUUGAAAGAGAGAGAGCUUGAACCUCACAAUGUAUCGGUCGACGAUGAUAUCAGGGAAGGAGCAAAACAAGUCGAGGAACAAAUAAUGAAGGAGAAGAUUGGAGGAUUAAUGGAUUCUGAGCUUCAACAAUAUGUAAUUGGGGACAAAGAAUCAGAGGCUCUGCAACACUCAAAAAUCUCUUCAAGUGGUAUUAUCAGUGUUAAGUCCACCAAAUCGGAGAAUGAGAACGGGUUUGACAAAUCCGCCAAAAAGAGAAGCAGUGAUAAGCGUUCCUCUUCUUCCUCUAAAUCCAAAUCUUCCAAGAAGAGAAGAGCCUGAUGGAGUAAUUUUAACAAUGAUCAAAUCAAUUUUGAGCAUGAGCUAUGAAAUUUUUGUUGAACUGACAAAUUAUGUUUGUUGUAUGGUGCGGCUGAAAAAUUGAGUGGAAAUCAUAAAUGUUUAAUUUGAUA